GCGUACAAAUCGAAGAAGAUCCUACCAGAGGAAAUCUUUGAUUCUACGAUCCGAUUUUGUGCCGCGUAAAAAAAUUCCCUAGUAUGAUGUAGUUUUUCUACCAGAUUAGUAAAAGGAACAAAAUUUAAGUUUCAAUAAGUUUUAUCGUACAUAAUAGAUAUAUAAUGUUUACAUUUUGAUCAUUGUGUCAAUUUAUUGUUUACUAUACAAAUUACUACAAAAAUUACAAUUUUCAUUUCACAGGUUAACUAAUUAUCAUUAAUUAUAUACGAAAACAGUUAUUUGCAAAUACGAGUCGUUUCGAAUUCUGCUUAAAAAGUUAUUCUUUAUUAAAAUAUAUGUAACUAUACCAAAAUGAUAAAAUAUAUAAAUUCUCUGUAACUGGGAAUUGAUUGAAAGAAGAACUUUGCAAAUGGAAUUAUCACAAAAUUCUCGCAUUUCGUCUGAUGACGGAACAAAAGGAUUUGAUUUAUCUGCUGGUAAAACAUGGAUAUAUCCUGAGAAUUAUCCUAUCAGAGAUUAUCAGUUCAAUAUAGUUCAAGCAUGUUUAUACAAGAAUACAUUGGUUUGUUUACCCACUGGAUUGGGGAAAACAUUUAUUGCUGCGGUUGUAAUGUAUAACUUUUGGAGAUGGUAUCCAUGUGGGAAGGUUGUAUUUUUAGCACCCACCAAACCAUUAGUUGCUCAACAAAUUUUUGCAUGUCAUAAUACAAUGGGAAUUCCUAGUAUAGAAACUAUUGAGCUUACAGGAGCAGUCAACCACAAGCAGCGUGAAAUAGCUUGGUCAAAAAAAAGAGUAAUAUUUGCUACUCCUCAAGUUUUCCAUAAUGAUUUAGACAAAAAUGUUGUACCUAGUGAUUUAGUAAAAUGUGUAGUUAUAGAUGAAGCUCAUAAGGCAUUGGGAAAACAUUCUUACUGUGAGUGUAUUAGAAUAUUAAAUGAGAAGAAUCAAACUUUCAGGGUAUUAGCCCUUUCUGCUACACCAGGAAAUAAAAUUGAUAACGUUCAUGAGGUGCUACAGAAUUUAUUAAUUGCUCAUGUAGAAUUAAGAGAUGAAACCUCUUUGGAUAUUAUACCUUAUAUUAAUAAAAGAAAAGUUGAUAUAAUUUUAGUACCACUUAACAAAAAAUUAGCUGAGUACAAAGAGAGGUAUAUCUUUAUCAUGGAUCGUCAUGUUAAAAUUUUACUUCAACAUAAUGUCCUUCAUGGACAUACAGCAAAUAUUGCGAAAGGAAGGAUAUUUCAUUUAUUAAAAGAAUAUCAAAAGAAAACACAUAAAUCAGGAAGUUAUGGGCAAAUUAUAAAGACAUUAAAUAUAUUAAUGACAAUGUACCAUGCUUAUGAACUUAUGAUUAGAGAUGGACUUCGAGCGUUUCAUAAAUUUUAUCAAAAUCAUUCUGAUAAGUUUUGGAUGAAUGAUGAACCACAAUUGCAGACAUUGCUUGAAGAUAUUACAACGUAUCUUGGUCCAUUCCCGGAUAUAUGUGAAGAAGCUGGAAUGGAAAUACCACAAAAUCUUAUAUUUGGACAUACUAAGUUUGACAAGUUAAAAGAACUACUUCUGCAUCAUUUUAAGAAAAGUGAAGAGAAACAAAGCGAUACAAGAGCUAUAGUUUUUGUCGAGUAUCGGGAUAUUGUGACUGAAGUUUAUAUUCUAUUGUUACAAUGCCGACCAUUAAUAAGGCCACAAAUGUUUGUUGGCCAAGCUGGACAGAAACAAAAACAACAGAUAAAAGCGUUGGAGAAUUUUAGAAAUAAUCAUGUUAAUGUUCUUAUAUCUACAAGUAUAGGGGAAGAAGGAUUGGAUGUUGGAGAAGUAGAUUUAAUAAUAUGUUUUGAUGUAUCUCAACAUUCACCUACGCGGUUAGUACAAAGAAUGGGAAGAACGGGACGAAAACGCGAUGGGCAUAUAAUUAUUCUAGUUACAGAUGGAAAAGAACAUGAGACAUUAAAAUCCACAAUGGCUAGAAGAGAUUCUUUGAAUUAUAAGAUAUUAAAUACAAGUAAUAUUUUCUCUUCGCUUUAUCAAAACAAUCCUCGUAUGAUCCCCGAUGUUUUCACACCGGAAUGUCUAAGAAUGCAGAUUUCUGUGCAAGCAAAAAGUCCAGUUACAAAAUAUAAAAAAAGCAAAGGAAAAUCAGAUAAAAAAUCAGAAAAAAAAUGCCAGAAUACCUUAAACAAAAUUAGCAAUACAGAAUCCAAUUUUGAAUCGCAAAAAGAUGGAGCUAACUUUUCAAUGAUGAAAUAUUUGAAAAUCGAACAAAUUAAAGAACACAAAAAAGGUAGUUCCGAAAUAUAUAAUUCCGAAAUAAUUCAAAAUAAUAACAGUUGUAAAACUAUACCGUUAUCAGAUGUGAAAAUUCUUUCUUGCGAUAACGAGGCUGUUGAUUUUCUUACGAUAUGUGCUUUAAGGAUCUCUGAAAAAGAAGAGAAAAUAAAGAAUGAAUGCAAAAUCGAUAAAUAUCACAUAUCACCAUAUUCUACUAAAAAAGAUUUUUUUGAAUUUUCUAUACCUGAUAUUAAAAUUCUUGAUUGUUUAAUCACACUAAACGAUGUCGUUCCACUUAAUUGUAAUAAAAAUAAAUUAGAUAACGCUAGUGAGAACAACGAUGAUAACGAUUUGUAUUAUAAUGAAUGUGUAUUGGAAAGUGGAAUAACAGAAAUCGUUGACAAAUCUCAACGACUAUCGUGUUCUAGAUUUGAAGAUUUGCUCGACGAUAGCAGUGAUUCAAACGAAAACGAUUUAUCGGACAAUAAAGAAAAUAAUCCUCAAAAUAGCAAUAUACACUCUAUUUGUGAUCUUUCAAUCGCUUCCAGUCGAUGCGUAAAGAACGACAUGUUAGAACCAGUCGAAGCGGGAAAUAAAAAUAACACGUUGCAAGAUUUGGAAUUCAGUACGUUUGAAGACCUAUUGGAUGAAACAUCCGAUGAUUCUGGAACUGAUAAUUUUGAACGAAAUUGUACAAAAAAUACCGAUGUUAAUAAUGAUGUACAAAUAAAAAAUUCUCCCAAUGAUAUAAAGUUAAAUCACAAUUUCAAAUCAAAAACCAAUAUGGAAGGGGCGAUCGAAAUAAACGAAAAUUUUUCUUCGGCUCCAAUUCACCAAUGUAAACGUGAUUUUGAAAAAAAUUGUAACGAAGAAACGGCAGAUAAGAGUAGUUACUCGUCGAAAAUGUUUGAAUUUGAAGAUAAUCACAUUUUUAGCAUAACGCAAGCGAUCGAGGAAAUACCUCAAUUAAAUUCAAACUCAAUCGAUUCGAGAACGAUCGAGGAAUCCGAAGAUGAUAUAUUUCAAGACGACAGCUUCUUACUGCAAAUCGAUGACCAGUCAAAUUAUGAUAAAGAAAUGGUUAACCCAAUUGAAUAUAAAGAUGAACAGAAUUUUGAUAAACCGAGAAAUCCAAACGGUUCAAACGAUCGAUCGGUCGAUUCCGAGGUAAAAAUGGAAGAAUUCGAAUGGGACGACGAUUUUGAAGUUCCGACUGACGCUGUAGAAAAUUAUGCGAAAUUCGAUACAUUUGAAGAAAAACGAAAGAGUGAAACAUUGGUAGAAGCGGAAACCAAUCACGAAGAGUAUUUUUCAGAUAACGAAGAAUGGAUUUCAUUUAAAAAGCCAAUGGAUAUCUCAAAGCAGAACGCUCCUCAAUGUAUGACUAUAGCGAAAAAAUUAGCGAACGUAGGAAAAUGUCGGAAUUCAAAGAACAGUUGCUCCAGAAAUAAGAACGAUUCGAUGAACGAUGAUUUAUCUGCAAAAGAGGAAAGAAGCAUUUACUUCGUCAGCGAAUCAAAUGAUACAAGAAGAUAUAAAAGUCAGAAGAACGAAGUAGAAUGUUUCCGAAAGCGUAAUCGCAACCGAAAAUUAAGAAGAAAAAAAAAUGAGUUUAUAUGCGAGGAAGCGGAGGUCUCCCCAAAUGGCGAUACAACGGAUGAAAGUUCUGAAACCGAUGAUGAUCUAGAAGAUUUUGUUAGGUAUACACAGAAUAUACAUGAUACAUCUGACAUGCACGCUCAUUACUUACAAACCGUUAGGAGCCCGAUAAAAAGACAGGGUGGUUUCAUUUUCAAGCAGCAACAUACGCUUAAUUCUAGUAUAGAUGUAUAUUCACAGGCUGUAUCUCAAACAGCGGAAACUUAUAUUAAUGAUUCCUUUUGUAUAGCAGAAGAUAAAAGUGACGGCGAAGAUAUUAUUCAAGACAGUGAACUGUCUGAACUAGAGAAGGCUGAACUGAAGCUUGAAAAACGAAAACGUAAACGGUCUUGCGAUAAACAAUCGAACCGGCAAGCGAAAAGAAGUAAACGGAGAAAUAUAAUAAAUUAUUUUAGUAGCAGCAGUGAAGAUGAAGCUGAAAUAUUGCGCAAACAGAUUAAGGAUGAAUCAAUGUUGUUAAAGCAAUUGUGAGGUUUCCUUAACGUGAUCGAGUGUACAUAAUGAUAAACUGAUAAUUUCUUUUCACUUUUGUAAUAUAUAUUUUAUAGCAUAAAAAUUACCCAGUCUUCUAUUUAUUGGGGAUAAAAAAUAAAUCAUAUAAUUCGGA